CUGUGCACUUUUCAUCCAUUUAUUGGCGCUCCCACCCAUAUGGCUUUAUUAUUUCCGAAUUCUUCAUGGAAUACUGGAAGAACAAGGGAGGUGUACGAGAUCCACUUGAAACCCCCCUUCAUACACAAUCCAUAAUCAUGCGAUAUGUCCCGGCUGUUCACUUCCAUCAUACCAGUUUCGCAACACCCUAGUGUCAACCAUAUAAACACACACCACCAAAGCAACUAGCGGCGUUUAUAAUUUCCUGGGCACACUUUUUGGUUUCUCCUUCCUGCUUCGAAGUACAACCACCUUCUUUGAUCCUUCCUUUGAAAAUAUGACGACCCAAGAUGACCCCGAGAAGGGACAGAUGGAAGAAACUGACAUGACAGAUGGAUCACCAGGCAAGGACACAGAAAUAGCGGUAGCUUCGUCGCGAAUAUCGCUGGUCUCGGUCGAACUAGAGCGGAGGAUUGUUAGAAAAAUAGACCGCACGUUGUUGCCUUUGGUUUGGAUCCUUUGUGAGUAUCACCAGAACAACAAAUAUUUGGAUGCACAUCUGGUUAAAUUUGAUGCGAGUGACUACAUGGUUUCUCGCUACAUCUCUUCUGAAUUUCUUCUGCAACUCCAUUUGUUAUAUUUUCAUCUACUCUAACCCAUCUAGAUCUACUUGCGUACCUCGAUCGCGGUAAUAUUGGGUAACAAUUCCCGAAUACUUACAAAUAUAAUUUCUAACACGCACAGAAACGCAAAUAUUGCAGGUCUUUCCAAAGACCUUCAUAUCUCAGGGCCUGAGUACCAAUGGCUCUUAACCAUAUUUUAUAUCGCCUACAUCCUCUUCGAAUGGUUCGCCAUAAUGUGGAAGAUUCUCCCGCCACACAUCUGGGCCACUGUCUGCGUUGUGGGAUGGGGAUUUGCAUCAACACUUCAGUCAGCCACAUAUUCCUGGUCAGGUAUGAUGGCAGCUCGUUUCUUCCUCGGGGUUUUCGAAGCCGCAUUUGGACCUGGAAUUCCAUAUCUUCUAAGCUUUUUCUAUCUACGCCAUGAGAUCGGAUUUCGCAUUGGACUUUUCAUAUCUGCUGGUCCUCUGGCGACUUGUUUUGCUGGUGCUUUGGCGUAUGGGAUUACGAGUAAUAAAACGCCUCCCAUUGCGAAUUGGAGAAUUCUUUUCAUCGUCGAAGGACUGCCAUGUUUUCUUGCUGCGGUCGUAGUUUUCUUCUUCUUCCCGGACAGUCCAGAGAAAGCUCGAUUUCUCACGAAAGAAGAAAAGGUUGCAGCACGUUCUCGAGCAGUCCGACAAGUGGGGACUGGAGGCCACGAAUCUGAGAAGAUCAACUUUAAGGAUAUUAAAGCUGGUCUUUGGGAUCCAAAGGCAAGUGGACCAUUCCCCUCUUCCCUUUACAUAACAGGAUGA